GAUUACGGCGUCACGAGUUGUCGCCUAGAACGUUGAGCUAUGGCCCACAUCGUUCUUGCGACGCGACGAGCUCUGCAGGACGCCUCGCGUCCCUUCGCAAGUUCAUUUGGUCUCAGCAAACUCCCAGAACAUGCGGACGUUGUAGCGAUCUCGUCGCUGUUCUUUCUAACUGUUCACCAGUUCAUUGGUCCCAGGCUGAGCAAAGCGCUCUUUCCGAGGAGUUAUGGACAACUCAAAACGCGACGAGACAGGAAUAACUGGAAUAUUCGCGUCGUUUCUCUCGUUCAUGCACUCGUAAUCAUCCCUUUGGCGUUCCGGAACGUGAGUCUACCUGCACUCGAUGCAGACCGUGCAUUUGGGUGGGAUUCUCGACAGGGUUUGCUUGGUGGUAUUGCGUGUGGAUAUUUCAUUUGGGAUACGCUGGAGUCUCUGUGGCAUUUCACUGAUAUUGGCUUUGUCGUGCACGGUCUUGCUUGCUUGCUCAUUUAUAUGUUGUCCUUCAAACCAUUUAUUGCGUACUAUGGACCUCGAUUUUUGCUCUGGGAACUGAGCACGCCAUUCCUCAACUUCCACUGGUUCCUUGAUAAAAUGAACCUCACUGGGUCGAUUUUCCAACUUAUCAACGGUCUAUUUCUCCUGAGUACAUUCGCGGGAGUACGUCUCAUCUAUGGUUCUUACCAAUCGAUUGCGUUCUACCGCACACUCUAUUCAAUCCGUAACGAAGUUCCGCUAGCCGUGUUGCUGACGUUUGGAAUUGGCAACGUCAUACUGAACGGUCUGAACGUGUUCUGGUUCUUUAAGAUGAUUGACGCAUUGCGGAGGCGUAUGAAGCCGUCGUCCAAGCCCAGCUCGAACGGCAAGGACACAAAAGGCAAGUGGGUGAAUGGGAGGAAAGCGGAGUGAAUUUUAUUAUGACCUUGGGACUUGGAUAAGAAGGUCGAAAUAUAACCUGUUGUGUUCCUGAAGAUUAUUUUGUUUUGCAAGUGGUAUAUAUAUGUAUCUUGCAG